CCCGUGACGUGGUUGCUAAGCAACGUUUGUGGUUGGCUUCGAUAAACGCUUAAAAAACGUGGACCAAAAUAAAAAAGUAGAAGCUGUUCAAGUAAAGAUGGCGUUAGAGUUUUCAAGCAGCAUGAAGGCACCUCCAGUAGUUGAGGAUGAGAACAUACAAGUGACAAAAGUCAAAGGUCAGACUCCAGGUUUGGACACAGAGGGAGAUAAGAGCAAGGCUGAUGCUGACCCUGAACCAGAGCAGGAGCUUUCACGCUCUAGUCAGGAUCCUAGUCCUGUCUCUACCAACAGACAGAAACCUUUCCUUCAGGUUCCACCCAACACUUAUGGAGAAAUCCACAUACACUCUGUUCUACGGUGCAGCUGUGAGGUCAUGACCUGUCAGUUCAGUGAAGAUGGGACUCUACUCGCUGUUGGGCUCAAUGACGGCUCCGUCAAGGUCUACAGCACUGAUGAAGGGGAACUGCUUCACACUCUGAGUGACAAAGAUAUUGUCCUCUGCGCUUUGCCUGUCACCAGCCUGAGCUUCACACACACCAACGAAACACACAGCGUCCUGCUGGCUACCUAUGCCAGUGGGUGCUUGAGGUGCUGGUACGUAUGGGGCCGGCAGUGUGUGUGGUUGGUGAAAGAAACAGAGAAUGGAAAAAAUGAUGCAGAAGAGAAAAGGCAGAGCCUCUGUCUGUCCAUUUCUCCCUCUGGGGAAAAUGCAGUGACCGGUGGCUCUGACUCAGACAUCUAUCUCUACGAUCUCAACACACACCAGAGAAUACAGAUCCUUAAGUCCAGCUCGACGAGGAUUACGAUGGAUGGCCACAGCUCACGUGUCUUUGCCCUGAAGUUUCAUCCUGAGAGAGAGACAGAGUUCAUUUCAGGAGGAUGGGACAACACUGUUCAAUUCUGGGAUACAAGACAGCACAAUGCAGUCAGAAUGCUGUACGGUCCACAUGUGUGUGGCGAUGCCCUUCAAAUUGACCCGUCAACCAAUCAGAUUCUGUCCGGUUCCUGGAGAAAAGACAGCACCUUGGAGGUGUGGGAUUACAGUUCAGGCAGCAAAGUGACCGAUGUACCCCCUGACCCACAUGGAGACAGCAUGAUGUAUACAUGCCAGUGGUUGGGAGGUGAUAUAGUAGCAGCUGGAGGCCAUGCUAAUGCACUGAGGGUCCUUGAUCACCACAGUCUAUCGGUGAAGGCACGGUUGUUUGACUUGCCCUAUGCUGUAUACAGUUCUUCCAUCUGUCCAGCUGGAAAGUGGGCGGGGCUUAUAGCGGCCACCUGCGGAGACCAAGUGUUUCUAUUGAGCAUGGAUCAUCGAAAAAAGAACCCUGCAGAAAAGAUUUCAUAACUUUUAUAGCAGUUAUUGGCAAACAUUAUUAUCAAGCUGACAGAAUGGUAAUUUAAAUAAAUCUUAAUGUCUUGGUAUACAUUUACAGCAUUUAGCAGACACUUAUCCAGAGUGACUUACAUUUUCUUAUUUCAGUUUAUACACCUGAGCAAUUGAGGGUUAAGGGCCUUGCUCAGGGGCCCUGCAGUGGCAACUUGGUAUACCUGGGAUUCGAAUCAAAGACCUUCCGAUCAGUAGUCGGACACCUUAACCACUGAGCUACCACAUCCCCAUAAACACAGUCUAGUGUCAUUUUUAUAUUUUAUUUCUUUUUUUCUUAGGAUCUACCCUAAAAAUAAAAUCCUAUACUUAUAAGCAAACAAACCACUACAUUCAUUUGCAAUGGCCCACAGUGUGUCUGAUAUUGAAGCCUGCUUUUCUGACUACAAGCUUCUGAAUAUUAGAGAUUUCUUGAAGAUAUCUAGCUGUUUAUUCACACUUUUUUGAAUCGUGUUUAGCCUGUUAUGAUUACUGCUUUGACCUGGCCUGCAAUAUAACACUCAACAUUCUUUCUAGAGAGUCUGUUAAUACUGAAUGUUGUUAAAAUAAAAAGCAUACAUUGUUCAAGAUUUCCUAACUACUACACAACACUGCCCAUAGUACAGCAGAUGCUUGCUCAGUUCCAGGCAGAGAUAUAAACACUGACAAAUCUGGAAUUCAUCUGUUGUCUCCUGAGGGUUUGUCUAACCACUCUGCAAUUUACGUAACUUUAAAGAAAAGUGAUGGAUAGAGAC